AUGGCGAAAAAGAAACAGCAGAAGAAGAAGGUCAAGCAAAAGGCUAAGAAGCCACAACAGAAUCCCAACCUAGAUACAGUUGCAGGUCAGAUGGUUGCAGGUCAGCACGACAAUGUGGAAACGUCACAAGAAGUUGGUGACGGUGUUGAGAUGGAAGACCACAACGAGAAUACCGUGGAAGAGGUUUUGGAAACUGCAUUAAACGUUGCAUCGGAAUUGGGUAAGGAAGAGACAACUGCUCAAGUUGGCUUGCCCUUGGAACAAGUUAUAGAACCGGUAAUUGAAGAGAAUUUCAUAGAACAGCAACCUAUUCCAGAAUUUCCAAUACAUAUUGAUGAGCCUGUUCAGCAGUAUACCGAGGAAGCACAACAAAACUUUGCUCAAGAUUCAGUUGAUUUUUCAGAAGUUCUCAUGGAACGUACUCACACCGCUGUGGUCGAGGAACCUGGGUUGUCUCCGAUCAAAGAAUACAUAGCGGAGCCUGCAUUGGAAGAACAAGAACUACAACCAGAAACAUUUCAAAAUAAUAUCGAAGAAACUGCACAGUAUACCCAAACGGGGAAUACUGAGUUGGAGCCAGAACUAGCCACAGAAUUGACUCAAGAUAUUCGAGCUGUUCAAGACUACGUAACAGAACAAACGGAUAUACCUUAUCUACCGGAAAAUGAAGAGAUUAUUGAAGAAGUCGUUCAACCAGUAGAAUUACAAUCUGCAGAGAUCAAUCAAAAACCGAUCUUCACUGAAGAAAUUGGAAAAAGUAACGAAUUUGCAAGCAUAUCGAUUGAUAAUGAUGCUUUGGGAAAUGAUUCAAAUUUGGCUCAAGGGGAAACCAAUAUAUCACAUAGCAAUGAGAACCUUUCAGAACAGGAUAUUCCACCGUCAACAGAUCUAAUUGAGCAUCCCACUCAGAAUGCUGACCUUACAUCAGAAAAUCUCGAAAGGGAUAUUGUAAAUGUUCAUUCACAAUCAAGUAUUGGUGUGGUUAGAGUAGAAUCUGCUGAUGAGAUACCUGCUUCAUUAGGAGAUAGCCAAUUUACACAUGAAACCUCAAUAAAAAAUAAUGAAGAAAUUAUUACCUUUGAGGAAAAUCUAUCGGAAAACGAUGCUGAUAAUUUUUUCACAGUUAUGGCAAAAUCACAAGAGGAUGAAUUACUUGAGCCCCAAUUAUCAGAACAGUUGAAUGAAAACGAUCUUCAAAAGGUGGAACCAGAUUUACAUGUUCCUGAACCUGAACCUGCAGUAGUUAAUAAUGACCCACUUUCUUUCUUAAUUGAAGAAGAUGAUGAUUUCUUAGAUGAUGAUGACGAUGAAAAUGAUAAAGAAAAAGAAGACGACACUGAAAACAUUAAUGAGAUUGAAAAUCAUGAUGUUGAUACCAAUAAUACUAAUAUAACUCAUACUAAUAACAAAAAUAAUAUUGAUUUGUUAUCGGAUGAUGAUAGUUUAAUAAGUUCGGAUGAAGAAAUUGAAUUGGAUUUUCAAAAUAUAGCAAAACCUCUGACUGAAGAAACUACCGAAACAACUGCUCUUCCAAGCAAAUAUAUUCCAACAGCAAAUACUAGUACGUCAGCUAUUACUUUGCCUGUGAGUCAGAAAUAUGAACCGAGGAUUAAAACUGUUAAACAAGCAUCAAUAACUAAAUUGGAGAUUCCAGGAAUCAAUGCAGCAGGUAUCGUUCCUCCAAAACCAAAUUUUCAAAGGGAUAUCUCUAACGAUAUUGCAUCUAAUAGCCCUUCAUCUACUGUAACUAAAAAAUUGAAUGAUGAGAAGAAAAAAUCAGAUGCGUAUGAUUUUCCAAUGGAUCUGGUUGGUAGUACCAUUCAAAAAGGUCACGCUAAACCAGUUUCACUACCUACACCUCAAUUAUCAGAUAUGAAUUCUGUAGCAAUUCCACUUAACCGCAACCCCUCCAGCAAUCAUACUAUUAACACAGGCUCUAAAAUUCAUUUACGUACAACAUCCAAAGGCACAAUACCUCCUAAUCCAUAUGCGAUAUCAACUCAGAUGAAGGCUCCUAUCAAUCAAUAUGUUCCAUCAUUAGACAGUUUAAAUACUUCAGCAAUCCCUCAAAAACAGCCUAGAAUGUAUGCUCCCAAUGUUGUUAAUGCACAAGCACCGCCAGUCACAAAUAUUGUACCAAAGGUUAAUGUACCACUGAUCGUUAAUCCACAAGCUCCGCUAGUUGCAAACCCCCCACAAGGAAUGUAUGCUCCUCAAAUGGUCAAUGCUCAAGCUUCACCAAUUACAAGUCCACUUCAAGCAACGUAUGCUCCUCCGUUUGUUAAAUCUCAAGAACCUGAUGUAGUUAUUGGAAAAUACGCACCAGUUCAGAAUCUUGCACCAAGUAAUAAUGUAGUCAAUGCUAAUAUACAUCAACCUCAACAAUUCACAUUUCCAGCAAAAAAUGACAUGGAUAAUCAAGAGAAAAUUAAUGACCUAGCCAUACCAAUAGCUGGGCGUCAGACUAGAAAGAAAUCUAUUAGUCGUUCGGGUGCUGAUAUGUACAAUCCUAUUAAAACAAAGGGAAAAAUCAGAUACUCUUUGUCAGGAAGAAGUCAAUCAGGGAUUCAAGUUGAAGAGAAUAAUAUCAAUAUGCAACAAUCAUAUUUACCUUAUGUUCCAACCACACAGGCUGCGAAUGCGACCUCAUUUUCGGCAUCUAGAUAUUCUAAUGAGCCUCAGCUGAAACCGGAAGAAAAUGUGGCACUACUAGGUAGGCAAUUUCCUUUAUUUAAGUGGGGACCAUCCAGAAAGAUAUCAUAUGGUGUACCACCUGCAAUUAACCAAAGCUCCUAUAUGAUGAAUACUAUUAGCAAUGAGAUGACAAUCAAUAUAAUUGAAACUGAAGAAAUGAUAAAACCUGAUCAGUUGUUAAACUCGUUUAUUGGUCCAUUGUUUAAAGGCAAGACAAAGGAGAAGGAUAUUUCAAAAUGGAUUAACGAUAUUACUAAUAAUAUAGCUAAUCAAUUCACUUCUGAUGAGAUACUUGUGUAUAAAUUAUUAGAUUUGAAACUUUCCUCAAAAAGGUCGAUGAAAGAUGUUGCUGAAUUAUUAUACACUAAUCGUAGCAGUUUAGGGAUUGUAUCCAGAACACAGGUUAAUGAACCAUUUGAGUUUAAUUCACAUAAGCUAGGUGCCAAUUCCCAGAAGACGAUUGCUGAUCAACUUCAAACAGGGCAACAUCAUGAAGCCUUAUCAUUUGCAUUGAAGGAAAAAGAUUCUACAAUGGCUCUAUUAAUUGCAAGCAUGAUGGGUAAAGAUAGAAUUACUCAGGUUGUAAAACAAUAUUUUACAGAAGAAUAUGGAGAUAGUUCGAGUGGUAUCUUAUUAUCUUUAUUGUUUCAAGUGUUUGUAGGAAAUCCCUCCGAUGCAGUUGCAAGUUUAUAUAAUGAUCAGUUAAAAUCUUCAUGGGCUAUCAAUAAUUGGCAAUUACUUGUUUCCUCUAUUUUGAAUAAUAUAGGUUCAACUGACAGUAAUGAACAAGUUCUUCACAAUAGUGAUCUUCCAAUCAACGUCAUUGAAUUCUUAAUCGAAUUUGGUAUAUUCUUAAAUGGAAAACAACUUGAAUUGGCUUCGCAUAUUCUUUUCAUUAUUGUGAACAUGCCUUUGAACUCUAAGCCAAUUACCAAUACUUCAAAUGUUGUAUUUAAUUAUAUCGGAACUUCUACUACUGCUCAGAGUUCAAUAUGGUCCGAAAUUUAUGAAUUUCUAUACUCUAAAGAUCCAAAGCAUAGAUUUUUUUAUGAUAUAUUACCACAGAAAUUAUAUCAUGCAACAAUUUUGUAUGAAAGCGGCCAAGUUCCAUUAGCUACAAAAUAUGCAGAUUCGCUUUUGGCCUCAUUAAAAAUUUUGUCAAAAAAAGACCCUAUGUAUAUUAAUUUAAAUGCCCACCUCCAAGAUUUAAAUAAUUCAAUGAGUUCAAGCAGUAGUUGGUUAGGAAAGCCUAAAUUUAGUAGCGUCUGGGAUCAACUCGAUAAAUCAUUCAAUAGAUAUAUUGGAGGGGACGAUGAUUCGUCACUACACCAAAAUGGGGAGAAGAAAAUAUUUGAUCGCUUUACCCCAGUAAAUUCAAGAAAUUCAUCAACCUUAGAUCUUACGCAGCCAACAUUUACACCGUAUCAGAACAAACUAAAUCCUAUUUCAAAAAUAGAAUCUAUAUCAAUUGGCGAAAUGGUUAGACACGGGAGAACAAGCUCUUUGAAAACUAAUGUUUUAAUGAAUGAUAAUUAUUUACCUCAUUCACAAUCAAGGGAUGUUCAACAUGAGCAUGCAGCUCAUGUUUCUUCCCAAAAUCCAGCUCAACAAAUGAAAAUACCUAACUUGAAUAAUGAUUUAUCAUUAAGUAAAGUAAGUAAUGAUCAAUCUUCAAAAUCUAAACAAGUGAGCAUUGAUGGAUUAAAUAAUUCUCCGCCACCAAAAAUGAAUUCUCAAUAUGAUGGAUCUGAGAGACAAACACCACAAGAUAUUCCACUGAAAAAUUUGGACGGAAAUGCCUCUUUCAAGCCACCAUUGAAUAGGGCAUAUAGUGAUACAAAUAGCUCAAUACAAUCAACUCAUUCCUCAGCACAUUUAUCUACAUUUGAUGUUAAAACGGCAAUUGUCACUGCAAGAUCUGAAUCUCAAGAAGCUUACACGAAGGUUAACCAAGCGUUAAGCGACGUUUCUAAGAGCUCGACAUUGGUUCUUGAUAGAAACAAUUUGGACUUAAAUGGUACAGGUAUGAUUUCUUCAAUUCAUACUUCAACUAAAUAUGACGUGAUAGCAGCAACUUCAACAAAUACUACUGAUGAACUAAGAAAUGUACAGAACCCUAUUGAGAGUUCGUUGGUAAAUAAUGAAAUGCCACAAAAUUCAGAAAUUAUGCAGGGAAAUGAUAAAUCGACUAUAUCAAAACCAAUUUUAUCACCACCACUUAAACAACUGACCCCAUCCAAUAAUACUAUUGAAAAUAUAGUCCCUCAAUCAGUAUCCAAACCAGUAAUGGCAAAUUCUUAUAUUCCAUCUAAUUCUCUAGUACCUAAUAGCACUGCUGAUACCGUUUUAGCCAAACAGAAUCUCCCUUCAGCCGAUAUGAAUACUGCUUCAUUCGGGGGAUAUGCACCAACAUAUGAUCAUGGUAUUAAAAGAGAAGGAAAUAAAAAAUUCUCGCCAAUUAAAAAUGAUUCAAAUACGUUUUUGAAAGAAGCUAAUAACACAAGUAAUUACGCUAAUUUUGAAGAACGGAAAAGCUCAGCUCCUAAUCCUGUAACCGUUUCCAUGGAGUCCACAAAGAAAAAGCAAUAUAGAUUCACAUCUGUUUCCGAUGCUACUAUAACUAAUAUUGAUUCCAUACCUCAAAGAAUUAGAAGUAGAUUUGAACCAAUUCAAGAAUCAGAAGUUUUAACCGAAGCUUUAUUUGAACCCGUUAUUAAGAUUUCGAAUAAUUUGAACUUUAAGCCACGUUCAUCGAUUGUUAGUGAAGAAAUGCCUCUGUAUGAAGACGAUGUUGAGGACGAAUCAGAUGAUGAAGGUGAGCAACAGUUACCAGAUGCUAAAUUAAAAGAAGAGUCAUCUAGGAACGAAGCAAGGGAGCAAAGCGAGCUAGCCGAAAAGAAUUUCAAGAAGGUCGCUGAAUCUGAAAACUGCAGAGAUAAAGAUCAAGUUGGUUCAUCUGGUUGGUUCACGUGGUUAAAGAAAGAUCCGAAUGCAAAGAAACCAAUAAAGGCUAAAUUAGGAAACAAAAAGUCUAACUUUUACUAUGAUGAGGAACUAAAACGUUGGAUAACGAAGAACGCUACUGAAGAAGAAAAGCAACAAAUAACUGCACCUCCUCCACCUCCACCAAUGAGUAAAAAAAGAACGUAG